CUGUAUAAAAGGCAAGAAAGGAGAGAAGCAGAUUGUCAUUGCUUGGCCAAGUAGCAGAAAAUGGAGCAUCCGGUUUCUGGCAUCUGGAUAUGGAUGGCCUUGACACUUUCCUUGUCAAGUGCCUAUGACAUUAUUCCAGGUAGACCCAUUGACCACACCAAGUCUAUCUGCAGUUCAUGGGGGAACUUCCAUUACAAGACAUUUGAUGGAGUUAUCUAUCAGUUUCCUGGUACCUGCAACUAUAAUUUGGCUUCACACUGUGAUACCUCCUACCAUGAGUUUUCGGUCCAUAUCGAGCGCUCAUUUGAGAAUGGCAGUCCACUAAUUCAUCAAAUCCUUAUUCAAAUCAAGGAUGUUACCAUUGAACUGAAGAGAGAUGCUGAGAAGGUGAAUGGAGCAAUCUUUGAGACCCCUUACUUCAACUAUGGAGUUUUCAUAAACAAGAAGGAUGGCUACACAAAGGUGAAUACAAAGAUUGGUCUGACCCUCACAUGGAAUCAAGAAGAUUCAGUUAUGUUAGAGGUGGAUUCCAGGUAUCAAAACAAGCUUUGUGGCCUCUGUGGGGAUUACAAUGGCAUGCCAGUCACUAAUGAAUUCUACAUAAAUGAUAUGCCACUCAACCCAAUCCAGUUUGGAAAUAUGCAAACCAUCAAUGAUCCAACUAUGACCUGCACAAAUGUAGAUGAGAGCCAGCAAAUGAAUGUUUCCAGUUGUGGACAAUAUUAUUCUGUCUGCAAGAGUUACCUCAGCCAAAGGGCUUUUUCAUCAUGCCAUGAACUUCUCGAUGUAUCAGAUUACAUUAUGGCCUGCAUGCUUGAUGUCUGCUCCUGUAGCAGUGGCAAUGUCUCAUGUCUAUGCAGAACAUUGACAGAGUAUUCAAGGCAAUGCACUCAUGCAGGAGGCGGUCCAAAGAACUGGAGAACUAAUGAACUCUGUCCUAAGCAGUGCUCUGGGAACAUGAUAUACAAGGAAAGUGGUUCCCCAUGCAUAAGUUCGUGUUCUCAUCGUGAAGUUAAAAGCCUAUGUGAGGAACAUGAUGUAGAUGGCUGUUUCUGUCCUGAUGGCACAGUGUGGGAUGACUACAACAACACAGGCUGCAUUUCAGGCAGUAAAUGCCAAUGCAAAUAUCAAGAUCAACUCUAUACUCCAGGAUCAAAGAUUUUAAAUGAUUGCGAAGAAUGCACUUGUAAUGCAGGAAAAUGGACCUGUACACAUGGAAUAUGCCCCAAAGUUUGUUCCAUUGAAGGAGGAGCUCAUUUUAAAACAUUCGAUGGGAAGCCGUACAAGUUCCAUGGCAACUGUUAUUAUUUGCUAUCUAAGAUCGAUUUAAAGAACGGUGAGGCACACACUAUUGCAGCCGAGCUGACUCCAUGCAAUGCUUAUUCACGGGAGACUUGUCUAAAAACCAUCCAGUUCUACACAGAUGACAAUAAAAAUGUCUUGUCGAUCAGAGCUGAUGGAUCUGUUUUAUUAAAUGAUCUCAAAAUAAGCCUUCCUCAAGUAACAGGAAGUUUUUCAGUUAUACAGCCCACGGAAUCAAACAUCUUUGUCAAGACAAAAUUCGGUCUCCAAAUGCAAAUCUACCUCCUUCCACUAAUGCAACUGUAUAUUAGCAUGGAUAAUUCUGAUAAGAAUACAUUUGAAGGUCUUUGUGGCAACUUUAAUUACAUAGAAGGAGAUGACUUCAAAACAUCUGCAGGUAUAGAAGAAUCAAUAGCAUCAGCCUUCGCCAACACCUGGAAAAUACAGUCUACCUGCCAAGACUCAUCAGAAAUGUUAAUAGAUCCUUGCAGCUUCAGCAUUGAGACUAAAAUCUAUGCUGAAAAAUGGUGUUCUAUGUUAAAAAAGUCAGAGUCUCCUUUUUGGAAAUGCCAUUUUGCAGUAGACCCAGAGGAAUAUUAUAAGAGGUGUGAGUAUGAUACCUGUAGCUGUAGUCAUAGUGAAACCUGCAUGUGUGCAUCGCUGUCCUCAUAUGCCAGAGCCUGUGCUGCAAAAGGAAUUGUCUUGUGGGACUGGAAAAAAGGAAUUUGCGAUAAAGAGAUCCCCAGCUGCCCAUCCUCACAGAUAUACUUGUAUAACAUCACUACUUGCCAGUCUACUUGCCGCUCUUUGUCACGGGGAGAAAAAGAAUGUGACAGUGAAUUCACGCCAAUUGAUGGAUGUGGGUGCCCAGAUGGAAUGUAUGUCAAUGAAAAAGAUGUCUGUGUUCCCAUAUCACAGUGUUCUUGCUACUACCAAGGAAUGUAUCUUAGGCCAAAUGAGGUUUUCUUCAAAACUGUCAUUGCCAUGAAGGAAAACUUAACUGCAAUACUUUUACCAAUGACAGUUGGUGCAGGCUGCAUCUCUGGAUGUGUGUGCCCAGAUGGGCUGCUUGAUGAUGGGAAUGGAGGGUGUGUUCAUGAGAGCGCCUGCCCUUGCUCAUAUAACAGUCAAGUGUUUCAUCAUGGAUCUAGACUUAUUGAGGAAUGCAAAUCCUGCACAUGCGAGAGUGGGCUUUGGUCAUGCAUACAAACACCUUGUUAUGGAUCAUGUGCCAUCUAUGGGAGCGGUCAUUAUAUCACCUUUGACAAGAAAUUCUAUGACUUUGAUGGAAGUUGUGAAUUUGUUGUUGCUCAGGACUAUUGUGGUGACAGUGCAUCAAAUGGUACUUUCAGAAUAAUCACAGAAAAUAUCCCAUGUGGCACCACUGGAGUAACCUGUUCAAAAUCUAUCAAGAUAUAUUUAGGGAAUACAGAACUGAAGUUGACGAACAGUCACAUGGAGAAAAAGUUUGGAGAAUCUGAAACUGAAGUGAAAUACAGAGUCCGUGAAGUGGGUCUUUACCUAAUAAUUCAUACAAGCAGCGAUCUUUCCCUCAUCUGGGACAAGAAAACCUCCUUAUUGAUUAGGCUUCCAUCUUCUUACAAGGGUAAAGUUUGUGGCCUGUGUGGAAAUUAUGAUGAUAAUGCCAACAAUGACUUCCUGACCAGUCAAUUGAUACAAGCCAGCAAUGUAAUGCCAUUUGGAAACAGCUGGAAGCGUAGUAAUGAGUGCCCUGAUGCAGACAGCCUUCCCCAGCCAUGCCUGGCAGCUCCCCACCGCAGAUCUUGGGCUGAAAAGAAGUGUGACAUUAUCACCAACAAUGUUUUUCAAAGCUGCCACAGCAAGGUGGAUCCAAAACCCUUCUAUGAUGCUUGUGUAAAUGAUGUCUGUUCUUGUGACACCGGUGGGGACUGUGAGUGCUUCUGCACUGCUGUAGCUGCCUAUGCUCAACUCUGCGCUAAAGCAGAUGUCUGUGUUCACUGGAGAACACCAGAAAUUUGUCCAAUAUUCUGUGACUACUAUAACACUGAUGAGAGUGAAUGUAUGUGGCACUACUUUGCCUGUGGUCCAGACAAUAACCACAACCAUCACGUCACCAAGUUCUGCCGCUCACCAACUGUCACGCACCUGGAAGGCUGUUACCCAGCUUGUCCAUUUGAACGUCCUUACUAUGAUGAGAUAAAUAAAAGAUGUACCAAACAUUGUCCCUGCAUUAUCAACAAUGUUACCUACAGCUCUGGUGAGCGCAUAGACAACGCGGACCCCUGUAAAAUAUGUUCCAGUUAUAGGAAAGGGACAUUAUUUAUAGAUUUCAUAUUUUCUUUCAGCAUUUGUAAUGAGCAUGGAGAAGAGUAUUGUUCUAAAAACUCAGAUUGCUGCAGCAUAACUACUGGCACAUCAACAAUAACAUAUCCACCAAAUACAACUAUUUCUACACACACUUCAAAAGAGCUCUGUGCUACGAGGAAAUGUACCAAUGGAAGAAUAAUUCAAACCACCACCCUUUGUUCCAUCCCGACCACAACUACUGCAAAAACCACACAUAAAACAACACACUCAACAACAUGUUUCUGUCAUCGUGGUAGAAACCGGUACAGACCAGGUCAAAGAAUAAGUAGUGAAAGCAGUGAAAGCGAUGGACUGUGCUGGAAUAUUGACUGUGCUGACAAUUGUCAGACUACAACAACUAAAGGGCCUUGUGAAUCGACAUCAUCGAAAACAACAAAAACUACAACACGAGAAAUUCACAUUUCAAUGAAGUUAUCAUAG